GUGAAAUGGCAAAUAAGGAGAUAAAUUCGACUGCUCGGGCAGCUGAAGUUGAUAGCGACGCGGCCGAUAAAGUACAAGUAGUCGAGAAGCCGAAGCAGACGUGGAAGUCAUAUUUCUGGGAUACGUUCGACAAGUCACCAGAGGAGAGACGGUUCUUGUUCAAACUAGACGCGGUGAUUCUCUCAUUCGCUUCGUUCGGCUAUUUUAUCAAAUAUUUGGACCAGAUUAAUAUAAGCUCGGCCUAUGUUUCGGGUUUAAAGGAAGAAUUGCAGCUGAACGGAAACGAACUGAAUUAUAUGGUAACUUGUUGGACGAUAGGCUACGUGUUAGGAGAGAUACCAAGUAAUCUGUUGUUGACCCGAGUACGUCCUUCGCUCUGGAUCCCUGCGUGCGAACUGGUAUGGAGCGUUUUGACGAUCUUGCUUUCAAGAUGCCAAACAGCAAAGCAAAUAUACGUCGUGAGGCUUUUCGUUGGGCUCGCGGAGAGCGGAUUCUAUCCUGGGAUGCAAUAUAUCAUUGGCAAUCGAAAAGACGAGCUCGCAAAGAGGAGCUGUAUCUUUCAUGCUAGUGGUACGAUAGGCACCAUGUUCUCCGGCUACCUGAUGACCGCAGUUUACACACUUGACGGCAAAAACGGCUAUAAAGGCUGGCAGUGGCUUUUCAUCGUUAAUACCGUGAUCUCCCUCCCGGUGGCUAUAGCGGGAUUCUUCUUUUUCCCUGACGUUCCCGAGAUUACUCACGCUUGGUGGCUAACAAAGGACGAGAUAACAUUGGCGAAGAAGCGAAUGCAGUUCGAAGGCCGGGCUAAUAGGGGUCCAUACACAAAAGCCAAGUUUCGCAAGAUUUUCACGUCUUGGCAUAUAUACGCCUUAGUUAUUCUAUAUAUCUGCUUUAAUAAUGGGUCUGGUUAUGGUGGACAGCCGGCCUUCGCACUUUGGCUGAAGCAGGAGGGUUACAGUAUCGCUGCAAUUAACUCAUAUCCGACGAUCGCUGCGGCUUUGGCGGUAAUAUUUACAUACAUAUAUGCGUGGACAUCCGAUUCCCUAUUUAAGGGCGCGCGGUGGCCACCUAUGGUAUUUUCGGGUGUUGUGAAUAUCAUCACCAACACAAGUCUUGCUGUCUGGGAUAUACCUCUUGGUUGGAAGUGGGCAUGCUACAUCAUUGGGUCGAUUGGUGGGGGAAUCAGCGGGCUGACGUUUGCCUGGGCCCAUGAAAUAUGCAGCGAUGAUAAUGAGGAGCGAGCUUUGGUGGUAGCAUCCAUGAAUGAGAUGGCAUACGUCGUCCAGGCAUGGCUCCCAUUACUUAUUUGGCAGCAAGUUGAAGCACCGCGGUACCACAAGGGGUUUAUUACCAUGGUAUUCAUUGCUGCUGGUCUUAUUGUUACUUCUCUUGCAAUACGCGUUCUACAUCAUAGAGAACGCGCCAGAAAAGCUCGGCUGGCAAGCCCAGAAUAA